CUUGCCAUCCACAUCUGUCAGGAUGGGAGCAAAACACAGGCCUGUAAUCCACCAGACUGGGGGCCUUCAGAAUUGUCCCGCUGCUCACUAACAGCAGAGGAUUCCAAACUUAGAACAACAGGAUGACAGGUACCACUCCCUCUUCACGUUUGGGCCAAGAAAAUACAGAAAGCUGCUUCCAAGUUUAGGAUAUUGUACCAUGGACUUCAAAGGAUUCUGGCCUGAAAAUUGCCCGGAAGGACUAGUAAGAUUGCCUUUUGUGUCUAUUUCAAAGAUGAUUCUUGGAAAAUUGUGAAGGCUGUGGGUGGAAGAUGACUACAAGCUGAAAUCAUGGGCUGUACACCUUCACACAGUGACAUUGUAAACAGCGUUGCAAAGAGUGGCAUUCAGUUCUUGAAAAAACCCAAAGCCAUUCGGCCAGGAUGUCCGGGUGGCAAUGAAAAGGGUUCCAUCCCUCUGCUGGUUAAAAACUCCACCUGCUAUGACGCUGGGGAGGGCCUGGCAGAGGAGCAGCCAAGUUCCAGGAGGAACCAAACCACAGCUAAAGGUCUUUGUCAGCUCAUGAGAGAUCCUGCUUCAGGCAAAAGGAAAGAUAUGGAAGGACUAAUCCCAGGAACCAAAACUUCUUCAUCCCAGCCCAACAAAUCACAAAGCCACAUGGCUAAAGACAUUCUGUUCAAGAAACAGGGUUCCCAUGGAUCUCAAGGGGCAGAACUUUCUGGAGAUGAGAGUGAGGAAAGUAGUACCCAAGAUGCUUCCAAAUGGAAAAGGACACCACAAUGCCACAUGUCAAGCACACAGAGCCACUGCCGCCAAACCAUCCACCCUGCUCAUGGGUCUGAAGGCAAAGUGGACUUCCCAGAGCCGCUGGUAAAGGCGCACCAGCACACUUAUGCCUAUCUACACUCCAGCCUCUCCAAAUAUGAAGCAAUUCUGCGCAUCAUCCAUCAGGCCACCCAGACCCGGGAGCUGCUGCAGCCCAUGGUCAGCUUCCUGCUGCUGUGCUUUGAGGAGAUCAGCCAGCUGUUGAGGGAGAUCUCCAAGGAUGGAGAAGUGCUCCUGCAGGAAGUUAGGGAGGAUCUGGCUUGGCCUUUGAAGAAAAGGGAGCCCCAGGAGCAGCCAGACCUCCUGCAACAGCUGCUGCAGUACACAGUCAGCAAGCUGCAGGGGCUCAAUGGCACGGUGGCCUCGCUCACCAGCAGCUUCCUGGAGGGCUCCAGCAGCUACCUCCACUCCACCGCAACCCACUUGGAAAAUAAGCUGAGCACAAAAAAGAAUGUGGAUGAACACGUCCUGAGGGCUCUGGGGCAGCUAGAGAGCCUGGCGAGUGGCUGUGGCGACCCUGGAGUGCAGGGUCUCCCCUUAUGCUCGGAGGACAGUGGCAUUGGUGCUGACAAUGAGUCCGUGCAGUCGGUGGACAAGCUGGGCAAGCAAACCAGCUGGGACCUUGCACCAGAUCCCAAAGAAUGGAAGUCAGUGACUUUGCCCCACACAGAGGCCAGGCAGUCAGGACAUGCCUGGCAACAAAGUUCAUUCUGUAUGGGUUCAGACCGACCCCAGGACUGCCUGUUCUCAGGGGUUCCUAUGGCAAAGGUUCAGCCACAAGCACAGGAGAAAGCAAAGAGCCCUUGCCUCUCCAGCACAAGCCCAGAAAAUAUCACCUCCCUGCCUUUGGAGCUGGGGACAAGCACCCCAAGUGAUUCAUUUGGGAUUGGGGUCCCUGUGGAAGCACAUCUUUCCAAAACCUCCAGACUGAUGGACGCUCCAUCUCUUAGUGACAGCGAGGACAGCAGCUCAGAGGAAGAGGAAGAAGAAAUGAGCAGCACGAGUGUGUGUGCAUGGCAAGUAAAAGCUCUGGAUUCGAGGCCGCGAUCUUCACCUGCUGACCGGGAAAGCCCAUUUCAGUCCCACUCCAGGAGGCUUAGGAGCCCCCAGGCCCAGGAAAUGAUUCUGAAGAUGAAGAAAGCAAUCAGCGAAAGGAUCAAGUUUGUUCCUGUGCCCUCUGGGCACCAGGACUGGUCGGAGGAGGAGGAGGGGAGAACAGCGGUCCCCCCAAGACCUAGCACGGUCAGUGGCAGCAGGAGGGCCCCCGAAAGGCAGGGGAGGUCCCAGUCAGAGCCGUGUCUCCAGAGUCACGUGGAGGACCCCACCCUUCAGGAGCUGCAAAGGGUCCAGAGGGACCUCAGUCAGAAGCUGGAGGCAUUUUAUGCCCUGGGCACUAAAGGGCAGGGGCAGAGCCAGGAGCAGAUUCCGCAGCCCAGAGCAGCAGCCGGGUGGCCCAAUGGCACCUGCAGGGUCGGUCCAAGCAACACCACCAGCAGGCUCAAGGCAUCCCUCACCAAGAACUUCAGUAUUUUGCCUAGUCAGGACAAGAGCAUCUUGCAGAAAUGCAGUCCCCAUCCUGAGGACGAACAGGGCAAAACUGAGAAGGUUCCAGAUGCCACCCUAUCGGGAGAGGUCAGUGAGGCUGCCGGGGCCAAGGACUGGAAUGUCAGGGCCUGUCCCACCAGAACAUCCGUCAAGAAGCUCAUUGAAACUUUCAGUCCCACAGAGAGUCUGAGGACGCUGGGGGACUCCAAGGACUCUGAGGAAAGUCCCUACCUCAGGAAUAGCAUCAUGCCCCCCAGAUUUCCCAUGUCCAGGGGGCUUGCCCCUUUGUAUCCAAAGCCCCAAAUUUCUCCAGCCUCAGGCAGAGAAUCUCUCAAAAUGGGCAUAGGCUGGAAGCCCUUAGCACCUAUCUUUCCCCCUCUGCCUAAAGCAGAAGCAGCCACGAGUGAGCAACUCAGCUGUGACGUGGAGGGGAACCCUGAGCACCUCCCUCCACCACCCCUGGAAGUCCUGAUGGACAAAUCGUUUACUUCUCUGGAGUCCCAAGAAAUCAGCAAGUCCACAGAGAGCUCUCCCGAGGAAACCCAGGAACCAGGGCCGGUUGAGGCAGGCCCCACCAGGAGAACAUGGGCUUCCCCAAAGCUGAGGGCCUCUGUGAGCCCCCCGGACUUGCUGCCCAGCAAGAGCACCGCCAGCCCCACCAAGCCUCGCAGCACAGAACCAGGGAGUGGCAAGAGCAGCUGCCAGCCCAGGAAGCCAGCCCUGGACCUGAGCCACCCACCAGCCACCAGCCGCAGCCCAGAGGUGAAGGGUGGGACCUCGAGUCAGACAGAGAAGGCCACCAGCCUCUACAGGCAGCCCCGGAAGUCCAUUGCCUGGCACCACUCCAGCCCUCCAUCUGGACAGAACAGGACCUCAGAGUCCAGCCUGACCCAGAGGCGCAGCGCCAACAGGAGGAGGUGUCCUGACAGGCUGACAAGGGGGCCACACUCAUGCAGUCAGCCCAGAAGGCCAAGUGUAACAGCCAAGUGUCCAGCCUGACCCAGAGAUGGUGGGCAAACCAAACUCCUACUGAGGCGUCCUGGAAAGGCUUGGAAGGGCCACUGCCCAGCGGGUCGGCUGACUUUUAAACAGUCACCGGUUUCAGUCCCAAAUCCUGCUCUGCCUUGGAGUUCAAAGGUUCACCAGAACUUUAGACCCCACAAUGACAGUAUUUAAUCCUUCAAGUGCUGGCCUUAAUUUGCUGCAUGCUUGAUGGGGUUUUAGCUGGGUUCGUUCCAUGAGAUCACCUAAGCCUCACAACAGGGAAUGAAGCAGACAGCAUCCUCUAGUUUUGCGCAUAUGAAAACCGAAGAUGUGGAGGGGAGGCCCCUCUCAAGUGUCUUGCUGAAGGUCAUAGAGCUAAGAAGAUAAUAGAGUGAAAUUUUGCACAGAUGAGUCUGGUGCUAGAAUCUCUCUGCUCUUUUUAUUACGUUCCAUUGCCCAUAGGUAGUGUGUCACUCCAGCUGCCUAAAGCAGACAUGGGUGCACAAAUGAUCGGAAAGCUUCUUUGUUUUAAGAUUAAGUAGUGCCACAGCACUGAAGUCUCCACUGAGAGCUUUGUUUGGACGUGCAUGGCUCCCAAAAUGAGAAGGCUGAGUGAGCUGGGAUUAAAACAUACAGCCCCACCCACCCUCUGUCCUCUCCUCCUUCUCAAGCUGAGUUUCAAUGUCAUAAACUUAAAGCUGACAGCUCACAAUACCAGCCACACUGACUCUCGGCCUAAGCGCGUUACAAAUGUUCUCACGGCCCUACGUGUUACGUGCUUCUCGACUGAGUAGGGUGAACCAAACCUCACAAACAGGCACCCCAUUCUCCACAUGCCUGGCGUGCUGGAGCUCAGAAGACAGCGUAGGUAAGGCAAAUACACUUACAUGCCAAUCCCCCCUCGGAGGCUUCUUGGCCAACUUUCUUCCCAGGUCAUCUUGCAGAACUUCUGCUGGAGUCAAAAUCAAAGUGAAAAACAGUUGUUCAUGCCAAAAACCUGCUUCUGCCAAUGAGCUAGAUAUUUGCGGCAGAUCUUGGAAUGUUUCCACUGGAGGCUGUGGCAUGUGUUCUAUUUAGAAAAGAUUUUGCAGUAAUUGAGUGAUUCAAUGCCCGCUCAGUGGGUUGGCAAAAUACAAGGAUUCUUACCCACUGGGGUACAGCUAAGGGACGAUCCUCCAGAUCUGCUGCAAAGCUGAUUUUUUUAAGUUUGGGGAAAUUAUAGACCUCAAACCCAUUCUUUCUAAAAUAGAUUGUGGGCUCAAAAACUUGUUAAACUGAGUCCCUAGGGACUACAGCGCCCUCCCCUAGAGAGAGGCUAUGACUCUGAGUAAAUGAAUCCCACCUCAACUUGUCCAGUUAUUAUUCAAAGGCACUCAAAGAACAGCUGAUGAAACUACCAAGAGGGGCCACAGCCCAUCCCUCUGCUGGAAAUGCACA